AUGGUGGCCCCUAGCGAAAGUGUCAUCGAAUUUGUUAACGACUUUAUUUUAGAGGACAAGAAGAUUGCUUCGAACGGGGUAGACCAGGCCAUCUUUGACCGAAUCGACGAGAAUUCCUCACCGUCACGGAUCGUUCAAGCCCUGGAGUCAUACACUACAGCCUUGCAGCUCACGGGUAAUGGUAACUUCACCGAAACUCAGAGCAGCAUUACCGUUUUGGCACUGACCUUACCAAGAGGUUCCCGUCCGAGUGGUUUCUGGUUUGCGACUCUAAGAGACUACGAUGCGCCCGAUGAGUUAACGGAAAAUGAUACCGUCAUCCGCCACGAACCCGAUGAGUUAUUAGAGACGGAUGCCUCUAUAUUUCUUCCUUCUGAAACUCUUCAAGCAGUUACAGUCGGAGAGACGGUUAACAUCAGUGUAUUUGUCUACCAGAACAGCAAGUUGUUCCGUUCGCCUACACUUCGCUCCAAUGAAGGCCCCGGUGAAUUCCGGCGUUCUGUUGGUAGUCGCAUCAUCGCUGCCACGGUGGAAGGUGUCCAGAUAGACAAGUUAUCAUCACCCAUCGUAACCAAGUUCCAACCGAUCAAUAUAAACAGUGAACGUGAGACAUCGGAAGGAUAUGAAUGCAGGUCCAAGUGUGUCUACUGGGACUUUAGCCUGAAUAAUGGUUUCGGAGAUUGGUCAACAAAAGGAUGCAAGCGGGAGAUGGAUAGCAAGGGAAGAGUUGUUUGCGUGUGCGAUCACCUGACCAACUUCGCUGUCAUUGUGGAUAUAUACGGAAUAAGCAGUACCGCGCUUGACGUUAUCAGUAAACUGAUAUGUGGUGUGUCCAUCGUGGCUGUUAUUGUCACCGUGGGGACGUUCCUUGCCUUCAAGAAAUUCCGUAGCAAGCAGCCCCAACGGAUCUUGCUCAGCCUGUGCUUUGCUUUGCUGGGAAUGUACGUUUUCUUCUUGGCAGGCAUCGAGGCAUCUCCCUGCAGUGUAUCAUGCAGCAUCGUGGCUGUCCUGAUCCAUUACUUCACUCUGGCUGCAAUGUUCUGGAUGGCCGUGGAAGCUGUCAACCUAUACCUUAUGUUGGUCAAGGUCAUGAAUGCCAACGUUGCUCACUUCAUGAUCAAGGCGUCCUUUGCAGGCUGGGGGUUGCCACUGCUGGUGGUGAUUAUUAUUCUUGCUGCAGACUACACCCAGUAUUCCGACAACAAACACUGCUUUUUGAAACCCGGCAACGCCUUCUACUUCGGUCUGUUGCUGCCAAUCGGUCUGGUUCUCCUCUUCAACUUCGUCAUCUUUGCAUGGAUCAUGCGCAAGCUGACAUGCCAAACGAAGUCCAUCGGCAGCCAAAGCACACGCCAGCAGACGGUCCGUCGCCUGCAGAACGCCGGAGCCAUAUCGGUGCUGCUCGGUCUGACUUGGAUCUUCGGACUCAUGUCCGCUAUCAAGGAAUUCACCUUUGCCUUUCAGUUGCUCUUUGCUAUCUGUAAUUCUGCCCAAGGUUUGCUUAUCUUCCUGCUUUUCUGCGCAAGGCAGAGGGAUGUUCGCGGGGCCUGGCUGGCUAUCCUGCGGCGCAUUCCGGUUCGUCUGUAUCGGAAAAGCGACGUCUCAUCAGUGAGGGAGACACCCAAGAUUAGUGCCAACAACGAUAUCACAUCAUCUCCGGGAAAUAGUAUGUCCCUCUCCAAAAUGAGUACCGGUACAGGGAGUACUUGUGUUGCUACAGAUGCUGAUGUCGGCGACUCGUUUUCAGGCGCGAUUUCUGAAGAUCUCAAAAAUUAA